AGCCCGCAGACUGUGAUUCACGCCACAGGAGGAGCUUGCAGAGGAGCGAGGAGCGCGCAGAGGAGAGGGCUGCGUGUGGAGGAGAGAUAGAGAAAGAGAGAGACGGAGUUGCGUGGUUUUGUCAGUUCUUAUUCUCCUCACCAGGCUCCUCCGUUGUAAACGCGCGCGCGGAGGACGACAGGAUGGAGCGGAUGGAGUCGAUGGAGCCGAUCACGGCGCACUACACCACGGCUUACCCGGAGAUUCAUCCCGAUAGUGGGUACGAAUCCAGAGAGACCACUGACAGCCAGGCGAAGACCCCACCAGCUCCGACAUAUGAUGAGGAAUUAGUGCACAAGACAAUCCUGGUCGGGGACAGUGGAGUGGGAAAGACGUCUCUGUUGGUGCAGUUCGAUCAGGGAAAGUUCAUCCCCGGCUCAUUCUCUGCUACAGUGGGCAUUGGAUUCACGAACAAAGUGGUCACUGUUGAUGAUGUACAGGUCAAACUACAGAUUUGGGACACAGCAGGACAGGAACGGUUCAGAAGUGUGACACAUGCAUAUUACAGAGACGCACACGCUCUGCUCCUUCUAUACGACAUCACCAACAAAACCUCCUUUGAUAACAUAAGGGCAUGGUUAACAGAGAUCCAUGAGUAUGCACAGAGCGAUGUAGUCAUCAUGUUGCUGGGCAACAAGGCUGACAUGAGCAGUGAAAGAGCAAUCAGGAGAGAUGAAGGAGAGAGGCUGGCCAGAGAGUAUUCAGUUCCUUUCAUGGAGACAAGUGCCAAGACAGGAGUCAACGUAGAGCUGGCCUUCACUGCUGUGUCCAAGGAGCUGAAGCAUCGGGCCGUCCAACUUCCCAAUGAACCCAAGUUCCAGAUUCACGAAUACAUCGAAGCACAGAAAGAGAAGUCAGGCUGCUGCAGCUACUUUUAAAUCUCCUGUCCUGAGUCCUCCUCCCACCGCUCUGGGUGAACAGACUGUCAGAGACACACUGAGAGCUACUGAGUGGGAGGAAGCCCUAUUAAUUCACUGCUGCUCCCAAAAUAUGAUGCUGCCAUUCAUUCAAGACUAAAAGCCAAAAGGAUAAACCAAGCUAUUGACUCACAAAACCCACAUAUUUCUUAAGAUGAGAACAGCUUACCCAUAGGUAUAAAUACUGCUAUAUCUACAUAACUAUUUAUAUCUAUGAGUUUACCCAGCUCUUUAGAGUGACUUUUGUCAUCAUGAGCAACUGAAUAUUUUUGGUAGAAAUUUUAACAAAUCUUAUAAAAAGUAUUUCAGUUCUUUGGGAAAAUAGCCUUGUACUAUUUGCUUUCUUUGCGAGAGUUAAAUGGGAAGAUCAAAACCAAAUGUGUAGGUAUGUGUUUUAGGUACAGAGAUGGAGUCAGGAAUCAGGAUGUGGUUAGCCUAGCUUAGCACAAAUACUAAAGGUGGAAGGAAACAGCCAGCCUGGGUCUGUCCGAAGCUUAAGAAUACACGUGCGGUUCCAAACCUCUUAUAUGUGCGUAAGUUUUUUAGAACAUGCCUACCAAUCAACCCAGAACUUCUAUACUGCCGAUUAAGCCAUAUAUUAAAAUCACAUUGCUUAAACCUUUCUGAACAAUAAACAAACACAAAAAAUGCUGUAUUUUUGCCUUUAAUAGAUUUUUAUAAUCAUUUAUAGAUGUAAAAAAAAAAAUAGUUAUUUCAAGAUUCAUACGUAUAUUUCCGUGUAACCUGUUAUAUCUUCAGAUUUACUGUACUAUCUUACACAAAGGCUACAGUAACUUCUAGUAGACGGACACCUUCCAAACCCAAAUAAGUCAGCAGAGUGAUUAUGAAUCACAUUCACAUGCUUUUAAUCAUUGCAACAUUGUUGUGCACACUAUACAAACACAGACAGCUGAGGCCCAUUGUAACAUCAUGUUCUACAAAUACUGGUCAUAAACCAACAUCUGGACCUCAUCCCUACUCAACAUAUUUUGACACAUGGGCAGAAGCCUUUUGUCAACUCACAUGACUAACAAGGGGUCAGCAGUCAGGUUUAGGCAACACAACUACUUGGUCAGGGUUAUGGAAGAGAUCCUGAUUGAGCUAAGUCAUCAGAGUUGACUCAUGUGACUAACAACUGACGUGACUAAUUAACAACAUGGAAUUAGGUUCUCACAAGACAUGAAUCUUGAUCUCCUGGGUCAAAAGUCCUGUGCUUGUUGGACCAUCCACCAACGCUUCUACCCACCCUAAGCGGACUUUGACAAUCUGUUGCUCUGAACAUCUAACAAUGAUGCAGAUGGGUUAACACUGAAGUUUGUUAAAAGCAUGGUGCAUCUUGUACAGACUCUAAAUGGGGCCCCUGGUGUCAUUAUAGUGUCACUGGGACACUAACCAAGCAGCGUAUUUUGACGUCCUAGGAGUGAGACCAUGCUGAAUUUUUGACCUGAUGGUGCUAAAUGGAAAGUUCAGGGCUCACCAAAGUGAUUAGGGUCUUCUUAAUGUCUGUAUCAGAUUCAGUGGCAAUCCAUCUAAUAGCUGUCACUAUUGUCAGUAGCAUUUAACAAAAAAAUCAAAAUGUCAAUCUUAUGGUAGCACUAAAGCAAAAUUGCGGAAUCACCAAAAUGAGCAGGUUUUAUCCUUUGAGGACCAUGAAUAUCUGCAAACAUUUUCAUUGUAAUUCAUUCAAAAGUUGUUGCACUAUUUCAGCGUUGACUGACCAACCGACCGUCAUUUCAUCCCUAUAGAGCCAUCAUACUAGCAUGGCUAAAACAACAAUUUGUAGUUUUAGGAGGAGUAACAUGCUCUUAGCUUAGCAUGCUCAGCUAGUCCAACAACAUCUCGACUGAAACUCCUUACUGAACAGAGAUAUGAGAUAGAAUUUGAUCUUCUCAUCUAACUACUAAUAUAAGUUAUGCUUCUCUGAACAGUGAUCAUUUUUGUUUGCCUUACGUAGAUGUCAGGUUUUUCUACCGUUUAAUUUAUAAUUAAAUAAUUGCUGAUGGAAGUACAAGGAUGUUACGAACUCACCAGUUUGCCAAAGUAGAAACAAAAAACUGCAAACACCCACACACCACUGGCAUAAGCCAGGGGAACACACAGUCUCAAGGCAAACUUCAAAAAUUCAACAUUGUUAGAACCUUAUGUAUCAUGCAAUCUACCAAGAGAUCCAGACAAAGGCCAUACACUGUGUCACGGAUGCAAUUCAAAGCCAAGUACAUGGACAAAAGCCCUGUCUGUUUAUGACGUGGUCAGACUGGUGCAUUCCUGAGAAGUGAAAGUCGGCUGCUGUUGAACGCUUGCUGACUCAAGAAAAGCUCAGGGACUCAGCUGGAGAUGACGCUUAUGUGCUCUCUGAGUGCCUGGGGAGGAAGACCACAAGACAACUCUAUAUUUGAACAUGCAGAGAAACGCAAAUGUUUCGGUCACCUUGAAAUGUGACCCUAGAGGAAGGAUUGCUGCAUAUGACCAAACAUCACAUGAGCUACUUGAUGAUGAUCUGCGGCUGGAUUUCCAAUUUGGUCCAAUUUUAGGAAAUAUCUAUGUACAUACUGUAUUUGUGAGUGUGAGCAGAUUUUUGAAAAAUCUUGUUGGACAUGUUGGCUGCAUUAUUCCCUCCCUUCCCCAUGGCUUGAUUAACUUUAAAGCUUAGUUGCAUGUUUGGAUUGCAUGUAACAAGUGUGCACAGUGCCUCCAGAACAUAUGAAACUCUGUUUAUAUUUGUAUCAAGACGAACAUGAAGUAUGAACAUAUAAUUAGCAUUUCUCUUCGGAUUUUAACUCGCACUCAGGGUUAAAUUUGUUUUGAAAUACAAGAUCUAGUAUAUAAGUCCAAAUCAACACAUUAAAGCUGCAUUAAUGGAUUAAAAAUUUGUU